AUAGCAUUUCAACCCUCCGUCUCACUAUCCUCCCACGGCGCCAUUUAUAACGGCGGUGAGCUUCACUCCUUCGCUAAUGCCGCGGCCGCUCGCCGAUCGCCUUCCAUGGCUUCUUCUUCGUCCAUGAUAGACGAUUCCUUCUCUCCUUCCCUCCAAAAUGGUUCCGCUGCUGAGCGCCGCGCGGCACUCCGCGAGGCUGAGGAGAGGCUGAAGGAUGCGAUCGAGGAGCUGCAGCUCCACUACGCACGGCGGGGUGGCGGCGGUAAUGGCUCCGUAGAAGGGGAACACUCGGCUUGCGACCAUGCCGACGAGUCAUGUGUGGCUAACGCCAUCGGGAACCUUUGCCAGACUUUUUUGCUUUCUUAUGGGGUUAGGGUUGGGAUUGGGAUCCUCCUACGAGCCUUCAAACUCGCCCGACGCCGUUCUUAUUCCUCUAUUAUUGAUCUCAAGCAACUUGUUUCUGAGAAGGACUUGAUAGUGAGAGAGGAAGCAUGCCGUAUUGGGUUGCUUUUUGGUGGUUUCACUGGUUCCUAUCACGCUCUACGCUGCUUCUUGAGAAAGUUCAGGAAGAAAGAAACGCCAUUGAAUGCAAUCUUAGCAGGUUCUGUUGCUGGCUUGUCUAUAUUGGCAUUAGAUGAUCCAAGUAGGAGGCGCACUCUUGCUUUAUACCUUGCUGCUAGGCUUGCUCAGUGCGCAUAUAAUUCUGCAAAGUCAAAGAAUAAAUUUCAUCUUUGGGGAAGCCACUGGAAGCAUGGAGAUUCAUUGCUUUUUUCUCUGGUUUCUGCUCAGGUCAUGUAUGCAUUUGUAAUGAGACCUGAGAGCUUACCUAGGGCAUAUCAGGAUUUUAUUCAAAAGACAGGACCGGUUGCAGAGUCUGUAUAUAAGGCUGUGAGAGACACUUGUAGAGGUUCUCCAGUGGAUGUUGUUACUCUGUCUGCUCACGUGUCAAAUAUAAAGGGAUCCAGUCAUUUAAAUUUGACUGAGUAUCCCUCCAUAAUACCUUGCUCUAUAAUUCAUCCCAACAGUGAUUCUUGUGUAGCUCAUAAUGCUGCAGCUGCAUCAUUAACUUUCAGGAAGACUUUUCCCCUAUACUUUUCAUUAACAUUUGUUCCAUUUGUUGUUCUUCGUCUGCAAAAGUUUCUUAAGGCACCUAUUCAGACUAGUUGGAUUGCUGUUCUUGGUGCUGUCCGUUCGACAUCUUUUCUUUCGGCUUUUGUUGCAUUAUUUCAGGCUUUUAUAUGUUUGCACCGAAAGGUGGCAAUUAAAGAUCACAAACUUGUAUAUUGGAUUGCUGGAGCAUUUGCUGGACUCUCAAUACUUCUGGAAAAGAAGGGCAAGAGAUCUGAAUUGGCAUUGUAUGUGCUUCCACGGGCUGGAGAUUCUUUGUGGUACAUUAUGGUGAAUCGACACUUGUUACCUGACGUGAAGAAUGCCGAGGUGGCUCUAUUUUGCAUGUGUAUGGGAGGAAUCAUGUAUUUCUUAGAGCAUGAACCAGAAACAAUGGCUCCACUGCUCAGAGGUCUCAUCCGUCGGUUUCUAGCAAGCAGAAUUACUAAUCCAAGCCCACCGUCCAGGCGGAAUCCAUCUUACAAUUAUUUGCAGACCCUCGGCUCAAUUGAAAACUCGAAACUAACGGAGAACGAGGAGAAUGAAGCAGCUCUAUCAGCAAAAUACAACCUAGAAUCUAUCCCUGGUUUAUAGGUAUGGUGUAUCGAUUUUUUAGUCUCUGUAGUGAAGUGGCUCUGGAUUUAUGCUCUAUUUUAUGAAAAUGGGAUGAAAUUUGUGAGUGCUGUUAUGGCAACGUGACUUUGUUUGCUUGGUUUUAUUGCAACACAGUGUUGCCCUCUGAAUCUGCUUUGUUAUAGAGUUUUUUUGAGUGAUAUUAAAGGCAAGGUUCUGCA